AAGAAGGAUAGGGGCCGGUGUGCAGAAAACCGCGGGAGGGGCGACCGUGACGAGUUGUGUGUCCGGACAAGUUCCUGAGACGACAUCUGAAAACACAACAGCACAACUACACCGCUACACUCAACAACAGUUUCGCUUCUGCCGUCAGGAUGUGUGGAAGAACCGCGUGCACUCUGGCUCCAGACGAGGUGAGCCGAGCCUGCUCCUACAGGACCCGGGGCGGGCAGCGCAGACAGCCCCGCUGGAGGGAUGGAGAUGCGGAUAAGUACCGGCCCUCCUACAACAAGAGCCCCACGACCAUGAGCCCCGUCCUGCUGUCCCAGAGGCAUUUUGACAAGGAUGCUCCUGUGGAUGAGUGUGUGUUGGCCUCCAUGCGCUGGGGUCUCGUACCUGCCUGGUUCAAGGAGAAAGAUCCGAGCAAAAUGCAGUACAGCACCAACAACUGCCGCAGUGAGAACAUACUGGAGAAGAAAUCUUACAAGUACCCCCUGAAUAAAGGACAGCGCUGCGUCAUCCUGGCUGAUGGGUUUUAUGAGUGGAGGCGGGAGGUGAAAAACAAGCAGCCAUUCUUCAUCUACUUCCCUCAGACUCCGGCAGGAUCCACUCAGGAGAAAGCAGAAGAUCAGGAUGACCUUCCGACCUCGGCUCGCAGUGAGGAGAAUUCAGAGACGGCACGCUCUGCAGACGGGCCCUGCCUUGACUCCACGGAGGGAGGGGAGGAAGCACCAUGUGAAUGGACAGGCUGGAAGUUGCUGACUAUGGCUGGACUGUUUGACUGCUGGACACCUCCAGGUGGUGGAGAACCCCUUUAUACUUACAGUGUGAUCACUGUGAAUGCUUCCCCAAACCUGCAGAGCAUCCAUGAUAGGAUGCCAGCUAUCCUGAAUGGCGAGGAGGAAGUGAGAAGAUGGCUCAACUUUGGGGAGGUGAAGCCUCUUGAUGCCCUGAAACUGCUCCAGUCUAAAAACAUUCUGACUUUUCAUCCCGUCUCGUCGCUCGUCAACAACUCGCGCAACAACUCUCCAGAGUGCCUUCAGCCUGUGGAUCCUAGCAGUAAAAAGGAGCCCAAACCCACAGCCAGCAGUCAGAGGAUGAUGAGCUGGUUGAAAAGCAGCUCAACCACUAAGAGGAAGGAGUCAGACACUCGUGAGAAUGAGCAGCAAGAAAGAAAGACAGAGACUCAGCAGAAGUCGACUGGAGGACUUCAGCAGUGGCUUCAGGGAGCCAAUAAGAAACAGAGAACCAAGGAUUGAAAACUGCACAUUUGAUUACCGUUUAGGUCUCAUUGAUUCUACUUUACUGGUUUUAAAGGCAUUAGAAACAUUAAGGUUUUUGCUUAUGCUAGUAAAUAUCUUUUAUGUAAUAAAUAUAUGCUUCACAGAUGUGACUAAUAUUCAAUAUUUCAUUGUCAGAAAUAAACAUAGUACUUUAUUCAAGAUUUUUAUUACCCUUAUUACUUGAAACGCAAAGACAUUGAAACAAUGUAGAUGCUUCAAUCAUGUUUUCAUUCUAUUCAAAGUUGUAUGUAAUCUAGAAUGCAUUUCAAAGUUUUAACACCAAUAGAUUGGUUAAGAGAUGUCAAGCACUUUAACUGUUUGCCAACACGAGCAAGUCGGAUAUGGAGAUUUACAACACAACCUUUUCAGCCUUCACCCAACCAUGAUCUGGAGGUUUGCAAAUAUACAAAGUCUUGCAAUAGUUGACAGUAAAAAGAAACGUUCUAGCUAAUAGUACUCGGUUAUGAGUGAUAUUUAUACUUGAGAAAACUCUCCCCUCCAGGACUGUCAGGUACAAUGACCUACUGUCUUGAUUUGAUUCAUAUCAAAUGUUGUACCAAGAACUCAAUAAAAGACAAACCUUCAUUUUCUCCAAUAGAGGAACAGCAAUAUGUUAGUGACAGCACUUUACACCAAGGAUUCUGGAUAUACAGGAUGUCCUCAGCCUGAGCUACAACUGCAUGUAUUGUGGCUUCAACAUGAGAUGAAUGAACAAGUCUUCAGUUA